CCCAGGAUCCCGGGAUCAUGACGUGAGCCGAAGGCAGACGCCUAACGACUGAGCAACCCAGACCUGCAAAGAAAAGAUCUCAUGAAAAGAAAGAGGUCAAAAAGCAAAUGAAUUUUAUGGAUGACCUUGACUUAACAAUCUGGAACAACUUCAGAGGAUUCCAGGUUGCCUUGCUCUAAUUAUAUGAGUUGCGUGUCGCUACCUGCACAAGUUGGCAAGGAUUGUAAAGAUUCUGCUAGUUUACUAAAAAUCCAGGAUGUGAUUCUUUCGUAUAAAAGAUUAGUAGAACAACUUAAAAGAAAAAAUAAAAAAAUGGAAAAUAAGGUUAAUGGACUACAAAAGGAGCUAUCAGAAACAAAAGAAUUGAAAUCGCAGUUGGAGCAUCAAAAAGUGAAAUGGGAACAAGAACUUGGCCGUUUGAGAUUUACCUUAAAACGUGAAAAAGAAAAAAGAAGAAAUGGUGAUAUAUUAUAUGAAAAAAUGAGGGAGCAAUUCAGAGUAAAAGAAGAGCAGUAUAAUAAAGAAGUCGAACUGAAACAACAACUUGAACUUUCUCUUGGAACACUAGAUGUGGAAUUGAGGACUGUAGGAAAUAAUUUGGAUCAGGUUGUAGAAGAGCGAAAUGACGCUAAGUUACAAUUUUCUCGAGAACAGGAUGCCAGAGUAUUACAAGAUGGAAUUCUAAAGAAUCACCUUUGCAAACAAACGGAGAUGGAAGUGGCUAAUAACAGAAUGAAUUCUGGGAUUUCUAAUAGUCAUGAAAAAGAAGAAGAUCUGUUGCCUAAAACCCACAUGUGGCAGGAUGAAAUUGCCAUGCUAAGACUGGAUCGAGACAUAAUAAACAAUAAGAACCAGGACAUGGAAAAGAAAUAAUGUGAAGGCAUUGAAAUUAUAAAAGAAAAGAAUGUCAGUCUUCAAGAGAUCAUAAAACUGAAGGUGGAAACAUUAACAAAAACAAUAUUAGAAUAUAGUGGACAGAUUAAUGCUCUGACCACUGAGAAUACAAUGCUAAAGUCAAACUGGAGAAUGAAAAGCAAAACAAAGACAGACUGGACAGAAAAGUUGAAUCUUACCGAGCUAGACUUGCUACUGCUAUAGAGGAUUAUGAUCAAAGUCAGGCAUCAAAAAGAGACC